UACAAAACCAUACGAGUGUCAUUGUCAUUGUGUUAUUUAUUUACAUAAGUAACUUUUGUUUUUAUUAAUGCAUAGUGGAAAUAAUAUACAAUAUGGAUAGAACAAACUUAAUAUUAUGUUUAGUUUUAAUAACAAUAUUUAUUUUAAGCCAAUGUUCUGCUCAAAAUAAAAUUGUCGACAUGGGCGAUGAUUCUGUAAUUUGGUGUGUCGUAUCAGUAGAAGAAAUGGCGAAGUGUCAGAAUUUUUCAGAAGCAGUUAAACGGAACAAAGAUUUUAUUGGUCGUGAUUACCUGGAAUUAAAAUGUGUCCGGGGGUUCAACAAAGAAGAAUGUAUGACUCUGCUGGACCAGGAGAGGGCUCAUCUCACGACACUGGAUGCAGGAGACGUGUUCAUAGGUGGUCGUUACCACAGUCUCAUUCCCAUCAUGCAAGAGGUUUACCCUGGAGUUCCCAGGCCACAAUACCAUUACUACGCCACAGCUGUGAUCAAGAAAGGUACUCUGCCAGAUUUGAACAGUAUUCGACAACUGAGAGGUAAAAAGGUUUGCUUCCCUGGUGUCGGCUCCUUGGCAGGCUGGACUAUCCCAAUUCAUACGCUCAUGAAAUCUGGAGGCCUGGAUGUAGUAGACUGUAAUAACCACGUCAAGUCAGCCAUCAAGUACUUCGGUCCCAGCUGUGCUGUCAACUCUCUCAUAGACAAGUACAACCCGAUCGGUGACAACUCAGACAAGCUGUGUCAGCUGUGUAUCGGACGUGUACCAGGAGAACGCUGUACUCCCGCAGACCCUUACGCCAACUUCGAGGGAGCUUUUAAGUGUCUGGUGGAGGUGGGCGAGGUGGCCUUUCUCAAGCACACUACAGUCCACGAGAUGACUGCUCACAAUCUGAAUUUCGUGGGUCAGACUAAGGACAACUUCGAGUUGCUGUGCACGGAUGGCACACGCAGACCUGUGGAUGACUUCCAGACAUGCAAUUGGGGUAAAGUGCCAUCCCACGCUGUCGUCACGUCAUCAGCCAAGAACAUCAAGCAGCGGCAGCGCUAUCAACGAUUUUUACAGAAAGCUAUACAGGAAUUUGGAGGACCAUUCAACAUCAGUUCUGAAUUCACAACAACCACAGAGAGCACUUUUAUUUACAACAACAACAAUAACAACAACUACUACGAGCCUAAUCCUCCUUAUGACACCAACAAUCUUCAGCUAAAGAAGUUCCACAUGUUUGAGUCCGCUCCUCGAUAUGGCCUCAAGCACAAUCUCAUGUUUCAGGAUGCAGCGGAGGACCUGAGGAUUCUGGAUGAGAACACCCAGACUUACUCUGGAUACCUGGGCCAUAACCUGGAUAUUAUCCUUGGGAUACGGCAGUGUCCUGUCAACAGCAUGACCCUCUGUGUCACAUCUGACCCUGAGCAAGAGAAGUGUAUCAAAAUGAGGACUGCCCUGAAGGCCCAGCUACUCAAACCAGAGAUGGUGUGCCACAAGGGUCACAGUCAGAUCAACUGUAUGCAAGCCAUUGCAAAUGGGCUUGCCGAUGUCGCCGUGUUUGAUGCAGGAGAUGUGUACACAGCUGGCCUCAACUACAACCUGAUACCAUUCAUGUCCGAGAUAUACAACCUGGGAACAGACGACUACUACGUGGUGGCUGUAGCCAAGGAAGAAGACGCUGCCACUGAGAUCACCUACCUCAAAGGUAUUUUUCCACACUUUUGUGUGAAACAUGCGGUAUUUAACUCUCCGACUGAUAAUAAGAAACUCCCAGAAUGAUCACUGGUUUUUGU